GCAGCUUCUGCAAUCUUUCACCAACUGCCUUGUUCACGGCCACCAAGGAGGAAAAAAAAAAACACCCUUCCGAUUAAGCAUUAAAGAGGAAACCCGAAGCUCGUCUUUGUCUUUGUUAUUUACUGGAUCGGUUCAAAUAAUAGUUUUAUGAUGGAGAUGGACAUGGCUAAACGGGCAUUUUAACCAUUUAAUGGAGACAAAGUCGAUUGGUGGAAGAAAAAGGAGUUAAAGGAGAUCCUGUUUUUAUGCCAAUAUAAAGCCUGGACAAGGAUUACCUUUUUACGUAUACCCUUUUUGUAUCUGUCACUGUCUUCUGUUUCUCUGUCUGUCUUUGUCUCUCCUUCCUUUUUGUUGUCCCCUUUCCCCAUCCCCCCCUCCCUUUUUUUUGGGCUGCACUUCUGUGGUAGUGGUAUUUGUUGCCGGAUUAUUCUUCGAUCAUUCACUUUCAGUAAAAACUGCAUUUUAUUCAAUUGCUACCACUCCUUUACUGUUGGGACUGGGUUUGCUGUCUGCUAUGGAUUUUGAUAGCAGUUCGGGUGGAGGCAGUGAUCUUCACAACAAUCAUAACCCACAUCAGACAGACGAGAGCAAACCUCUGCUGGGAGAGAUGUCUGCCCCUACACCGCCGGACGGGAAUAAAAUGGGAGCAGCUCCUUGUCGGAGAGCCUUGCUCCACUGCAAUGGUAUGAGGUACAAACUGCUGCAGGAAGGAGACAUUCAGGUGUGUGUCAUCAAGCACCCCAGGACCUUUCUCAGCAAGAUUUUGACCUCCAAAUUCUUGAGAAGAUGGGAGCCCCACCACCUGACCCUUACAGAUACUAGUCUGGCUUCAGCUACGCCUACAGGAUACAUGGAGAACUCUGUCUCCUACAGCUCCAUUGAGGACAUUCAACUUCUGUCUUGGGAAAAUGCACCCAAAUAUUGUUUACAGCUCACAGUCCCAGGAGGAACAGUUUUGCUGCAGGCUGCCAACAGCUAUCUACGGGAUCAGUGGUUUCACUCAUUACAGUGGAAGAAGAAGAUUUAUAAGUACAAGAAAGUUCUAAGCAAUCCAAGCCGUUGGGAGGUGGUCCUGAAGGAGAUCAGGACCUUGGUAGACAUGGCCCUUACCUCACCACUGCAGGAUGAUUCCAUCCACCAAGCUCCACUUGAGAUUGUCUCAAAAUUACUCUCAGAGGUCAGAAAAAAUAUUAAUUUAACUACACAAGAACAUGAAAACAUUAUUGUGGCAAUUGCACCACUAUUGGAAAACAACCAUCCACCACCUGACCUCUGUGAAUUCUUUUGCAAGCACUGCAGGGAACGCCCCCGGUCAAUGGUAGUGAUAGAAGUGUUCACACCUGUGGUACAAAGAAUCCUUAAACACAAUAUGGACUUUGGAAAAUGCCCUCGGUUAAGGCUCUUCACUCAGGAGUACAUUUUGGCACUGAACGAGUUAAAUGCAGGAAUGGAAGUGGUGAAAAAGUUUAUUCAGAGUAUGCAUGGGCAAACUGGUCACUGUCCACACCCAAGGGUCCUACCAAAUCUUGUUGCUGUCUGCUUAGCUGCAAUUUAUUCCUGCUAUGAGGAGUAUAUUAACAGUCGAGAUAACUCACCCAGCCUAAAGGAGAUCCGGAAUGGAUGUCAACAGCAAUGUGACAGGAAACCCAAUCUGCCUCUGAGACUGCUAAGAGCCAAUCCUGACUUAGUCUCCCAAGAAGUCACUUCGCCUACUGAACCACGCAUCAAAUCUGUGGUUAUUGUAAACUCCAGUGAGAUCCAUGUGGAGUUAAAACAUAAUAAUACUGCCAAUCAAAAGCUGAAAAGUCCUGCAGGAAAUGAAAGUGAGCCUAACCUUAUUGACUGCCUGCUAGUGAGUCCUGCCUGCAGCACUAUGAACAUUGAACUGAGCCCACAGGCAGACCGUGUACUGGUCUGUUAUGUUGAAAUCCUCAAAAUGCUGUCUGAUUAUGAUGACUGGAGACCAGCACUGGCCAGUCUGCUACAGCCUAUUCCAUUUCCUAAAGAGGCUCUUGCACAUGAAAAAUUCACAAAAGAGCUGAAGUAUGUUAUCCAAAGAUUUGCAGAAGAUCCUCGGCAGGAGGUCCACUCAUGUUUGCUGAGUGUUCGCGCUGGCAAAGAUGGCUGGUUCCAGCUUUACAGCCCAGGAGGAGUGGCCUGUGAUGAUGAUGGAGAGCUCUUUGCCAGUAUGGUACGUGUGUGCAAUAAUGUUCAUAUUUUGAUGGGUUCUUGCUACAAAACAAAGAAAUUCUUGCUGUCAUUGGCUGAAAACAAGUUGGGCCCAUGUAUGCUGCUUGCACUGAGGGGAAACCAAACAAUGGUUGAGAUCCUGUGUUUGAUGCUUGAAUACAAUAUCAUUGAGAACAAUGACACACAGCUGCAGAUCAUCUCAACACUGGAGAGUACAGAUGUCGGUAAGAAGAUGUAUGAGCAGCUAUGUGACCGCCAAAGAGAGCUCAAAGAGCUGCAAAGGAAAGGUGGCCCUACAAGGCUCACACUGCCAUCCAAAUCAACAGAUGCAGACCUAACACGUCUGCUAAGCUCAGGUUCAUUUGGCAAUCUAGAGAAUUUAAGCUUGGCCUUCACAAACGUCACCAGUGCCUGUGCAGAGCAACUAAUCAAGCUGCCUUCCCUCAAACAACUGAAUUUGUGGUCCACUCAGUUUGGAGAUGCAGGAUUACGGCUGCUUUCUGAGCACCUCACUUCACUUCAAGUGCUCAACUUGUGUGAGACCCCGGUCACCGAUGCUGGACUGCUUGCACUAAGCUCAAUGAAAAGUCUGUGUAGUCUCAACAUGAACAGCACUAAACUGUCUGCAGACACCUAUGAAGAUCUCAAGGCCAAGCUGCCCAACCUAAAGGAAGUGGAUGUUCGUUAUACAGAAGCUUGGUGAAAUUUCCAUACAGACAAUGAAAGAGAACCUAUAUAUUAAUAAAAACUGUUUUUAGUGAGAUCUUUUCAGCUCAUGUUUUUGUAGGAAAGAAACUCUGGGUACUAUUAAAAAAGAAAAGGAAAAGAAAUUAAAUGUACCUGCCCCUGACAUGUUUUCAGCUCACAUCAUUUGGUGGAUUGCAGUCAAAAUGGAAAUAUGAAGCUUCAAAACCUUAAAAGACUUUGUAGCCGUAAGCAAAUCAUUUAAAAGGAAAUGAUAAACAUCAAAACUGAGGAUUUUAUUUGCCUUUUUUGUUUAAUCAUGCCAUGUAUAUGACCACGGAAAAAUAUAUACAAUAUCUUAUUUUAAAUUUUAGUCAAUUUGAAUGGACUGUUUUAUUUUAAAGAUGUCUCUUUUCUCUUUUACCUUAAUUAUACAAAUAAAGAGCCAAUAGGAUUGUUGGCAAAAAUUUACAGAUUCAGCACACCCCAAAUCUUUGUAUUUCUUGUUAAAUGUUUUAUUCAUUGUACUUUUUUGUCUUUUGUACAUAAAAGUUAUACAUAGCUCACAUAUUUAAUAUUGUUCACAAUGAGCAGGUCUGGGACCUGCAUUUUAUUUAUGAAUAUUUGAAUUCUUCAAUUCCCUGUGUUUAUUUGUUUGUUGGUUUUUGCUUAUAGCACUGUAAAAAAAAAAAAAAAAAAAAAAAAAAGGAAUUAGUAAUUUGCAAGUUUCUUACCUGCCUAUUCAGUUGUUUAAAAAAUCUUGACUUUAAUAUGCCCACUUAGUACGUGUUUUAUGUUGAGAGGGGUGUUCAUUAUGUUAUAAUCCAGUGCCAGAUGUGUUGUGGGCUGUUUCUUUCUUUUUUUUUCUUUUCUUUUUUUUUUUUUUACAUUAUUGGUAGAAUACAUUUUGAAAAUGCGCAAGUGUAGAAAAGAGAAAUGAAAAUAUUUUAGUAAAUUUUUGAAGACCAAAUUUUUUUUUUCCGUUCUUUAUUUUUCUUGUUUGAUAUACUUUUAUGUUUCUGUUUGAAUUAAAACAUCUGUAUAGAUUCAUUUACUUUUUGUUUCCAUUUAAAAAUACAAGUGCACUGUUUUUUUUUUUUUUGUUCAGUUUUUUUGUAUUGCAUAUUGCAUUUUGGUUUUUUUUAGUUUUGUUUUUUCUUGUGCAUGUGUAAAUUGCAUGGUAUUUUAUAAGAAUGGACAAUUGAAAACAUAGACUGAAAUUUGCUGGAUAACGUACAGUUUGCUGACGUCCCUCCGGCUGUAAGAUCUCAUGUAAAAGAUUUAGCUGCCCUCAUCUGAAUGUUAGAAGAACAUCAGGUACAGUGUGUUGUAAUGAAAAGCCAGAUAGAAACUGAAGAAUAAUCCCCAGUUUAUUUAAAGCUCUACUGUACAGAAAAAGAAAGUGAAAUUCUUUCAGACUAUUAUUUUUUUAGAUAUCUCAGUAUAAGAACAUUUCUGGGUAUAAAGUAAGUGCAGAAAAAAUUAAGUUAAAUGAACCUUUUUGUAGGUUUUUACUGUAAUAAGCUGUAAAAGAACUUCCACACACCAGCACAUCAUUGCCUACAGGUUUAUCCUUGACCCCAUUCUAUAUAUAUAUAUAUAUAUAUAUAUAUAUAUAUAUAUAUAUAUAUAGUGUGCUGAGAUGGUGUCAUAGUAUGCUGAUGCUACAUUGCUACACACAAUUCCUCUGCAUAGUUUAACCUGUGUAGGUAACAAUAUUUACUACCCAGCUGGUUAAUAGCUGAGUGAGGAACCUUGGAUGUGCUGUGUACAGAUCUCAUUAUGUGAACUUUCUCAACAGAACAACAAAUAUGAAUUAAACCCAAAAACUAAAAUCACAUCAUUCAGACCUGGUACAAUGCACAUGUGUUGUUCAUCUGAAUGCUCCUGUUCCACAAAGUGUGCAACUAUUUUUUUAAUAUUUAAUUUUUUUAAUUAUUUGUAUGUUAUUAUCUGUGCCACAGUAAUGUACAAAAUGUGUGAAUAUCAUUUUUCAAUUUUUUUGUUUGUUUUUCAUUGUUCAAGAUUUUUGUUUGUCUGGUAGAAGGCCUGCUACCUUCUGUUUGUCAUAUUCUGUUACAAGGUACACUUUUCAGUACCUUCUCUGUGCCUCCACGCUCACACAAUCACAACCAGGCACUCGUGUACAUUUAAUGAGUUUGAUAUUUUUUGUUUGUUUCUUUUUUUUAUGGCUAAGUCUUAAUUUGUUUAGAGAUUUCUGCAUCGAGACUUGAGCUGCAUGGUGAUGCAGUAGUGUAUAAAUAUUUUUAAGAAUAAUCAAAUUGAUGAAGAGAAAAAAAAAACAACAAGACAAUGAUAAAAGAUGCCACCAUUGUUUUCCUCCUCAGCACAGUUGCUUUUAUGAUUGGUUUACUACUGUUCUCUAGCUGUUGUAAAAAUGAAUUAAAAUAAAAAGAUGUGAAAUAAUUUUGAGCAAAAUAAAAUGUGAGUAUGUUUUACCUGA